AUGAGCAAAACUCACUCACAAGAACAUCACCACUCAGAUGAAAUAAGCGAUUCUCACAAUGCGACUAGGUCGAUAGUUUUAGUUCUCGCCCUAUCCCUUCAUCACAUCUUCGAAGGUCUAUCAAUAGGUCUCCAAAAAAGUUUCAGCAACGUUUGGCACGUAACUUUGGCAGUUCUGUGCCACGAGACGGCUAUAUGUUUUAGCUUAGGACUUCAAUUUUUCAAAACAGAUAGGAAAUUGACGAAAAAAGUUGCAGUGAUAUUAAUUAUUUCUGCUACAAUAAUGCCUCUUGGGAUUCUUAUAGGUGCGGCCAUUGUUGAGAUCGGUGAUCAUUCGAGUUUCAGCACCUGGCAGGAUCUCGUCAAUGGAAUUUUGCAGGCCCUAGCUUGUGGAACCUUUAUCUACGUGACAUUCUUUGAAAUAUUCUACGAACAACUUGGACACGGAAAGACGACGUUUUGUAAAAUAUUGCUGGUCAUUGUUGGCUUUGCCUUCAUCGCGUUAAUUGGCUUGCUGCCUGAAGAGGUCGAAAAUGUUGGAAACCCUACAAACGGUACCGGGACAUAA